AUGGCUAUCACUCAUUUGAUUGAGAAAAUCAGAAAAGCAAUUGAAAAUAAUCAGUACACAAUUGGAGUAUUUUUAGAUUUAUCAAAAGCAUUUAAUACCGUUAACCAUUCAAUUCUACUUGAGAAACUUGAAUUUUAUGGAAUAACAGGAUUACCUCACAAAUAG